CGUGCCGCGGCGCCCCCAGUCCGUCCGGACUCUCCUCUCCCGGACGUGAGGAGCCCGGGCGGCCAUGGACUCCGGUACAAGAAGCUCAGAUGAGAGUCGGCUCCCGAGCCUACACAUUUGCAUCUCUCAUACGGAGCAAGCCGCCACGCUCCCCCGAUUCAAUUUUCCCCAACUGCGCCGCCGCCGCCGGGAACACGUCGCUAUGGUCCGCGAUUGGUCCGGCUUGCCGGAGGAGCUCCUGGUCAGCUUUCUGCUGGCGAUGGACGUCCCCGCCGCCGUCCACUCCGGCGCCGUCUGCACCUCCUGGAACGCCGCGUACACCGCCUUCCGCCGGCUCCGCGCCCCGUCGCCGAGGAAGACACCCUGCCUGCUCUACGCCAGCGGCGCCCUCGCCCCCGGCGCCGCCGCGCUCCACUGCCCGGCCACCGGCACAACACUACAGAUCCCCUUCCCUAGGGCUCCGCUCCACCGCAGGCCUCUGCUGGGCUCCGGCCACGGCUGGGUGGUCACCGCCGACGAGGCCUCCAACCUGCACCUCCUCAACCCCGUCACGGGCGCCCAGGCCGCUCUCCCGCCCGUCACCGCGCUCCACAACGUCAGGAUGGGCACGGACCAGCGGGGCGGCCCCGUGUACGCCGUCUACGAGGAGCCGGGCUCCAAGCUGAAGAUCCUGGAGAUCGACCGGGCGCAUGAGUACCUGUACGACCGGGUGGUGCUCUCGGCCAGCCCCUCCGCCGGCCGCGCCUGCGUCGUGCUCCUCCUGCACACGCCGAUGGGCGAGGUCUCCUUCGCCAGGCUCGGCGACGACCGCUGGACCUGCUGGGUCGACGCGCCGGGUGACGGCACAGAGCUCUUGUGGAGGCGGUUCUACAAGGACGCCAUGUACAGUGACGUCGACGGCUUGUUCUACCUGCUCCUGAUCAAUGGAUCCAUAUCGCCGGUGGCCCGCAAGAUCCUCCACAGCGUGCCGGGAGCAUUGCACGCUCCGAUCAAGUACCUGGUUCAGACACCGACCGGUGGCAUUUUGCAAGUGUGGAGGUUGAAGAACCAUGUCGAGUCGCUAGAACCGGCGGAUAUUCUGCAGGAAUACAUGGACAAGGAAGGGGGCCAGGACCCGUGUCUAGAGCACAUCACCGUUGAUAUAAAGAUCUACAAGGUUGACCUCCAUGGUCAGAGGUUGGAGUUGAUGAAGGGUUUGCCAGACCAUGCGUUGUUUCUCGGCUUCAAUGCCUCGAUGUGCCUACCAGUUAAGGAAUUAUUCCAUGGAUUAAAGCCGAAUUGUGCUUACAUAACCGAUGACUGCCUGAAGUGUAUGAAUUUCAGGAAGUAUAGCCAGCGGGAAGUUGGUAUUUGGAGCAUGGCGGAGCAAAGCAUGUCCAAACUUGUUGAUGUCUCACCAGUUCUUUAUCCUUGGCUGAAUUGGCCAUCUCCUAUCUGA